GUUUUCACUUUCAGAGACCAGAGCCUGUACAGAGGUUCUCAAUACAGUACCCAUGCCUCCCAGGUGGAGCUUGGACGCCCGUGCUGGAUGACCUCCUGCUCCCAGGAAGGGGUUGCUUGUCAGGGGAGGUGGCUGCUGUGACACCCAGCAGGGAGCCCCCAGGAGCAGCCCGACCUGCUGCUGGCACACUGUCUCUGGCCACAUCACCCUGACGGGCAGCUGUGGACAAGUCUCCAGGAGCAGCCUGGCUAGCCGAAGACCGGGACAGAGACCCAGUGACCGUCCAUUCACUUGAUAUCCUGAUAGCCCCAGGCGCCACACUAGUAUCGGCUCCAUGAUGCAGCUGGGCCUUUGUCAGGGCCCACGGGCAUUCAGCCUGCUUCUGAGAGUGUGCUUGUGCUAUACACUCUUAUGAAGUCCAGUUACUGCAGCUGCGGAACACGUUCUUCUUUCGUUCUCACUUUCACUUUGCUUGGCUGUUUUAACGAUAAUGAAUGAAAUAAAAAAGGAAUAAAACGACUUUGGAAUUUUACUGUCGAAAUUCGAGCUACACAGCCCUCGGGUGGCCAGAGGAGAAUAUUUAUCACUUCUUUCUGAUGUGUUCCCGGCGCAGAGACGCCCGCUGUCGGAGCCUGCAAUCGCUCUGGCCACCUUGCACGGCGUGACGUGAGCGGGGCUGCCGCCCGGCCCAGCACGCACACAGCCGGCUCCUGCGCUGUGGCGGUGAUGUAAUGUUGUGUUCUCGGUGAGUACGGAUGGCGGUGUGUGCCAGGCUUUGCGGAGUCGGACAGUCGCGGAGGUGCAGGAGGCGACAGCGAGAGGACCCGGCGGAUCAGGACACCGACACCGACCCCGAGCUGGAGAUGGACGAGGAGGAAGAGGAGCGGAUAGUGGGGAAAAUGCAGGCGGAGGCUGGUCCGCGCUGCCCGGGCGACGGAGCUGCUCGGGGGCCCGGGGUGACCAGCGAUCCUGGUGCUGCAGCUGCUCCUGUCAGAGCUGCUGCAGGACCCACCCGGCUGAGCUGCCAGCCCCAGGCCUGCAAGGGGCCAGGCAGCCCGAACUCUUUACUAGACCUCCCUCCGGAGCUCCUGGUAGAAAUCUUCGCCUCCCUGCCUGGGACAACACUGCCUAACCUGGCACUGGUGUGCAAGAAAUUCCGGCACAUCCUUAAUACCGAGACAAUCUGGAGGAGACGAUGCACCGAGGAGUUUGGGAUGCUUGAAGAUCUGCGGAAGGUCGAGGUGGUCGGGAUGUCCAGCAGGGAGCUGUAUGUGAAACGUAUUAACCCUCGAGUGAAGUCUGGGCGCUUUAUGAAGCUCCUGCCAGACUACGAACAUAUGGAUUACCGGGACAUAUAUAUCCACUUGCUGCACCCGUACCGACACAUCCUGGGCCUGUGGCAGCCAGACAUCGGGCCCUACGGCGGACUGCUCAAUGUCGUGGUGGACGGGCUGUUCAUCAUCGGCUGGAUGUACCUGCCCCCCCAUGACCCCCGCGUGGAUGACCCCAUGCGCCGCCGGCCCCUGUUCCGUAUUCACAUGUGGGAGAACAACAAGGCCACAGUGGAGUGCAUGUAUGGCCACAAGGGGCCCCACAAGGGAGACAUCCAGACAGUAAAGAAAGACGAGUUUUCCACCAAAUGCAACCAGACAGAUCACCAUCGGAUGUCCGGAGGAAGGCAAGAGGAGUUCCGCACGUGGCUGGAGGAGGAGUGGGGUCGCACCCUGGAGGACAUCUUCCACGAACACAUGCAGGAGCUUAUUCUCAUGAAAUUCAUCUACACCAGCCAGUACGAUAACUGCCUGACGUACAGGCGCAUCUACCUCCCCCCGCCUCAGCCCAGCGACCUGCUGAGACCGGGCCUGUUCAAGGGCACGUACGGCAGCCACGGGCUGGAGAUCGUCAUGCUGAGCUUCCACAGCAACAGCGCCAAAGGCACCAAGCUCACCGGAGACCCCAACGUGCCCGCCGGCCAGCUGACCCUCGACAUCGACCUGUCGCGCCCCAUCCAGCUGCCGGACCUGGAGAAGCAGCGCAGCGUGGAGGAGCUGUCCCGGCUGGUGAUGGGCGAGCACGAGCAGGUGCAGCGAGAGCGCGCCCAGGGCGAGGAGCGGGGCCCGCAGGCGGGGAGGGGCCGGCGGGAGCAGGGGGCCGAGGGAGGGGCAGGAGGAGGCGACCCCGGGGACGAGCCGCCACCCGCCGAGGGCGGGGCCGUGCCACAGGUCCCGUCGGGCCGGGGGUCCGAACCCCAGCCCUUCGUGUUGCCGCUGGGGGUCAUGGCCCGCACCGAAGUGUACCCCCGCACCUGCCGAAUGUGUUUCUACGGGACGGGCUUGAUCGCUGGCCACGGCUUCACCAGCCCCGAGCGCACGCCCGGGAUGUUCGUGCUGUUUGACGACGACCGAUUCGGGUUCAUCUGGCUGGAGCUGAAGUCCUUCAGCCUCUACAGCCGCAUCACAGACAGGCUGCCCUACGCCCAGGCGCCCUCCCUCAAGGCCUUCGAGGAGAUGCUGAAGAACAUGCAGUCCUGGACAUCCUGACAGCCUGCUCUCCGCACAGGGGCAACGGCCCGGGGAAAGAGCUGACGAUUAGGAUGAGAGUUAAGACGAGUCAUCUGAGCCUCUCCCGGGAAAGCAUGCACUUCGACACAAAGGCAAAUACGGCUUUUUAAAAUGUUUUAUUGAUGAAGGAAAAACUCAUUUAAAUUGAUAUCCCACCUGCUAUGGCUACAGCACCGCAGGUUUUUUGAGCUUCUGAUUUGCAAACGAUGUUAAUUAUUAAAAGCUUAUUUCGAGUGGAAGGAAAGGGUUAUAUAGUAUUAAGCCCAAGGUAAAAGAGGAGUAGCCCUUUCCUUUCAUUCUUUAAAUUAUAAUAAGCUUGAUCUCACUUAGCAAUCUUGGAGGUUUAUAGGUUAUUUUCCAAUAAGAAAAGAGUUUGUGUGUGAGGGCUAGACUGAUUUUCACACAUCUGGUAUUCCAGGAAUGUAUUACUAUAUUCCUCUGAGCAGUGAAUGAAUUUAUCAUUUGAGAACCUUUUGGCCAAGAUAAAAGCUUGUAGUCGGCUUCUUUCUUAAUUUACAAAAAACAGUAUUACAGAAUGAUCAGUAAAAAACAUAUCAAAUUAGUCAAGCCCUAAUAAGUUGUUGUUUGUUUUGUGAAUUGUACAGGUUCAUUCUUUUUGAUUGCUUUUGGCUGAAGGAUAUGAUUUAUUUUAUCCGUUUGGUAAGUGUCUGAAAUAGAUUCUGUGGCUUCAACCAAAACGAUAGCAAAAAUACAGGUGUUGGCUGUCAAAAACCUCAGUAAAAACAUUUUGCAGGCUUCUCAUUGUUGUGCAUCACAGGGUAUUUCAGUAUUGUAAACUGAGGCUGUUCUGCAACAGCUAAAAUAACACUAAAUGGUGAGAAGCUGUCUCUGCCCGUUUAUCAUGACUGUAGGAAAUACAACAUUCAAUAAAUACACCACCAUCAAAUCACACUAAAUCACUUGUCAUUAUGUCAAAAGCCACUUUCUUUAUUUUUCUUAUUUAAUUAGAAUACUUGUGUUUAUUUCUAAAAUCAGAAGGUUGUGCUGUUAUUUUUUUAAUGCAGUUUUUUUUCUCCAGGGUGCAAUUUGGUUUUAUUAGUUCUAAGCAAGAUUGGCGUAUGAUUUUCUAUUUAACACAAGCCCGUACUGUUGAUUUAUUUUCUGACGUUUCGAAAAGAAGUGAAGAUAUAAUGUAUAAAAAAACAAAAUUGUAAUAUAUAUUAAAGGAUCCUUAUUUAAUAUAUGAAUUUAUUAAUUGUAAUAGGCGGGUUUCUUUUUAGAGUAUAUGUUUCUUGCCUUUUUAUGUAUUAUAAUCAGGACAAAUUUACCUUCUGCGAAACCUCUCACUGAACGUUUGUUGCUUGAAUAAGCUGAUUGUUGCACUUAAAAUGUUUUUCUGUAAUUAAUUGCGAAGCUCAGUGUUUUUUCUUUUUCUGUUCUUCUUAAUUUGUUGUGAAAUUUAACUUUUGGGUUCUGUUUUUUCUUUCCUCAGUUUGUAUUUUUCAAGUAUCACAGCAGGUUUUCACUAGGACAUCAGGGAGCAUUGAGUUUGCUUUAUUGGUUCUCAAUAAAUAAUGGAUUAAAAGGUU